UUAUUUUCCGACCAGUGUACCCGUCUUGUUAAUUGCGCGCACCCGUCAGCAAUCCGUACGACUCGACGUGUCGCGACCGACCACCCUUCGUUUCGUUGCAAUCAAUCAUGCCGGACGCGAAGUCCCCUUCUGCCAGCGGAGAUCAAGGAGCUAGGGAAGAGACGGUGUCAGCAACUCAGCCGGUCGGCGACCUCGAGAUGGAAGACUUAUCCAAGACCGAACCCAAACCUGCCAACCCAGAGACCAAUGUAGACGUUUCGAAUAACGAAGAUCAAGACACCGAAGCCGCGCCUACCCCGAUACCUGUGCCGGAUAAGGACCCUCCGGCUGGGGAGUCAGUCAUGUCAAAAGCCCGCGGCAAGGCUCCUGCUAGUGGCGACGACCACGAACUUACGAUAGAUCCCGUCGAGCCUGCAACUAGUCCGGCUGGCAAUAGCGAUUUGGCGGUUGAUAUUAUGCUUCUCCUAACCUCCGGUGCGCGCCAUCCUUUUCGUAUUGACGAAAAGUACUUAUCGAAACGCAACGUGACUGUGACCGGCAAAACGGAGGAUGGCCAUAUGGAUCCAUUCAGCAUCACGGUCUAUACGCUAAAGGAACUGAUACUGAGGGACUGGAGAAAGGAGUGGGAUCACCCACCACGGGAACCCAGUGCCAUACGGCUGAUCCACUUCGGCAAAUUGCUUGAAGACCGCAACCAACUUAAUCAUUACCAUUUCAGCCUUCAAAGAAACGUCGUUCACAUGACUGUCAAACCUCAGGAUCUGAUAGACGAGGAAGAAGCAGCUAAGAAGGUCAAAGACUCUGGGAGUCAUCGUGGUCGUAGCGGAUGCUGCGUCAUCUUAUGAUCUGACCCUCCUGAGCAUCUACUGCUAGUUAAGAAACGAACUAUUUUUCGAUGCGGCGGCAUCA